AUGCAGGCCAGGAAUACGUAUGACAGGUCUGCUAUAUUGGCAGGAUACAUCGCCCCAGCAUCCACUUUCGGUCAAACGCCUGCAAUACCAGAGGAUCACCACUAUGAGGACGAGUUAGAGGAAGAUGACUAUGAAGACUUGGCAGGGGGGACUCCUCAGGGAUCACAGGGACCACAGGAGCCUUUCUUCGAUGGUCCAGCAGCAUGGGAGGAAGUCGACACAGAGGAGCUGGAGCGCAUUGCUGUCAACAUCAUGCGCAGCGUGGUGCCCUCCACUGAGAAUCUGGAGGUUGGCGCCAGGCUUGCCAUGCAAGCUGCAGCCAUGGAGGCAGACAACCAGGAUCCCCUUGGGCUGGGCCGAAUUGACACCAGGCAGCUGGCAUUGAUCCGAGCGGACCACCGAGGCCUGAGCAGAAUGAAGUCCACUAUGCGCACCACCACGCUGAGUCCGCAAGAGGGCAUGGCGAUGCGGCGCAACAUAGAAUCAGUGCGCCAGUCUGUAGACAUCCGCGGCGCGGGCGGCGGCCACGGGGACGGUCAGUCGCUGGAGGACAUGAUGGGCUCGCGCAAAAAGAUAACCACCCUGGAGAACAUCCAGCGUCGGGGGAUUAAGCUUGACACGGUCCAGGGUUCCGGCGCGCGGCAGGGGCCCGCCAACCUGGCGUCCUUGCGCACGCGUGUCAUGCCCACGCAUGAGAAGUUCGACUCAAACCUCUACCUCGGCUUUGUGCACUGGGAAACCACGCUGGCGGAUCUGCAGCACGGCCGAGACAAUCUCCAAGCAGGGCUGCAGGAGCGGACUGGGCAGCUCAAGGCGCUGGUGAAGGAGAAUUUUGAUCAUUUCAUCUCUUGCAAGACCACCAUCGAUGACAUUCACAAGCGCCUGCGCGACGCUGAGACCGGCCACGCCGGAGGGAACUCCUCCUACGUGUCCACCAAUGACGUCAUCGACACCGUGCGCGAGGUGAAGACGGUGGCGGAGCAUGCGUUUAAGGAAUUGGUUGAGAGGGCAGCGGCCUGCGACCGGAUCCGCGGAGUUCUGGCGCUUCUCAAGCGCUACGAGAGUCUUUUCCGGCUGCCCACGCGCAUCCGGCAGGCAUCCGAGCGCGGCCUGUACGACCAGGCACGCCCUCACAGCGCUGCCACGAACAAGAGCGGCGUCUGGCAGAGCCUCUUCCACGAAGUAGAGAAGGGGGUGAGCGACAUGGCGAACAGCCUGCUGGGUGUGCUGCGCAACCCGAGGACGUCUCCGUCGGAGGCAACGGACGCAUGCAAGCACCUGCUGCUGCUGGCGGCUGAGGGCGCCCCCUGCAUGGAGCACUGCGACCCCAUCCAACUCUACCUCACAACCCAGGAGCGGCACGUGCACUCGUUGCUGGAGACGGCGGCUGAGGAGCACAUGGUGCGGCUGCGUGGCAUCACCCAGCGCGCUGCCGACAAGGCCGCCUCCGACGCGCGCUUCAAGGAGCUGCAGCAUGUUGACGAGGCGAGCGUUCUGGUGGACUCCAAGCAGGCGGGGGCGGUGUCUGGCGAGUCGAUGACGGCUGAGGGGCUGUGGGCGCGCUACGCCACGCGGCUGACCAGCAUAGUGGUGCGGCACCUGCGCGCAGACUACUGGCACAUGCCGCCGGAGAAGGAGCAAGCGCUCACAGGCAUCUCUGAGGCUGCCAAGAGGCACAUAGUAAACAGCAGAGCCAAGCGCUCAAUAAUAUAUGACAAUCUGCUCAAAGAGUACAGCGACAAGAUUACGAGCGCGCUGACUCAGCUGGCCGGGGAGGGCCGGUCUAAGGAAGUGUUCCUGGCGGCAGUGCGUGAGGCGGUUCUGCUGGAGACGGUAAGUGGGCUUGCGAUCGGGCAGAUGGUGGCCGAGCGGGCGACGCUGGUCAUGCGCAUGAGCGAGGUCGAGGACUGGGACAUUGUGGCAGCCUCCCACAAGACCGGCUCUCCCGUGAGCGCGCUGCCGGGGCGGCUACGCGCGGUGGUGUGCAAGGGAAUGGAGCAGGUGCAGGCCGUGUUGAUGGAGGCGCGCCGGGCUGAGGCCGUCGUGCCCGGUCACCGGUUCAACACCCUCGGCACGGCGGCUGCGGCGCUAAGGAGCGCAUUCUUCGACUCCUUCACAUCUUUCGCGGUGGCCACGGACAAGCUGAGCAGCGAGAUUGCCACCCACAAGCGCAGCGCCUCGAUCGACAACAACGCGGACGAGGCGGCAAUGGCGGAGGAUGACGGCAUCGGCGCGGACAGAAAAGUGCUCGUGCUGCUGUCCAACUGCGCGUUCGUUCGCGGCAAUGUCAUGCCCAGCUUUGCCAGCCGGUUCCAUGGGCUGCUGACAGCGGACGAAGGGGAGCAGGAAUGCCAAAAUCUGUGCAUGGAGUGCAGCGAGGAUAUCAAGCAGGUGGAGCUGCGGCUGGCGAGCUCGUACACAGAGAGCAAGGCGACUGCGCUCAAUUAUGUGAUUGAGGAGUUCUUCUUUGAUGACGGCACCUUCUGGGAAGCUGCGCCGCUGCCCACCGGCGUGCGCGAUGUCACCUACGAGUUCCUCACAACGAUGGUGGCGGUUGAGGCUGAGGCGUACAGCCACGCCCCGGGACUGCUGCGCCGCGUUCUGGCGGAGCUGCUGCAGCACGCGCUCGCCACCUUCUCCACUGUCCUCGCCAACGAACUGCCCGAUAUCAAUCUGGGCGGCACGUUGCAGCUGCUGGUGGAUCUCCAGUUCAUCGCCGGGGCAUUCUCACCGCUAGUUCGAGCGUCCCACGAGGCCGUCAUAGCGGCCGCUCGCGAGAAAAUAGUGGCUCAGGCGCUCGCCAUCGCCGCGGGUGACACGGUCUCCGGUGAAUUGGACCCCCUUGGUGACCAGCUCGAAUCCUGGCUCACUACUGCAGAGGCAGCCGGCAGGAGAGGGGUGGACGCGGCAGCGGAGAGCCCGGCAGAUCGGCUGCAGCGCGCAUGCCGGGCAAUUGCGAUCGCGGCUUUGAAAGACUCACGUAUGAAUCUGUCGUGCUUCCGGCAAGCGCGCGACGCCGCGUACGGGGCCGGCAGCUCCGCGGUAGCUUCCAGCACCGCCAGCGGGCGCAGCGCGCGCAGCGCGGCCAGCAUGCGCAGCGCAAGCAGCUCAGGCGCCUGA